CCGCCGCCCCGGGCCCGUUUCUCGGACGAGCAGCUGGUGGCCAUGUCGGUGCGGGAGCUGAACCGCCGCCUGCGGGGCUGCGGGAAGGACGAGGUGCUGCGGCUGAAGCAGAAGCGCCGCACGCUGAAGAACCGCGGCUACGCCCAGUCCUGCCGCUUCAAGCGGGUGCAGCAGCGCCACGUGCUGGAGGCGGAGAAGUCCGCGCUGGCCCGCGAGCUGGACGCCCUGCGGGGGGAGCUGGCCCGGCUCGCCCAUGAGCGCGACCUCUACAAGGCCCGCUGCGACAAGCUGCUGCCCCAGCCCCCCUCGCCCUCCCAGUUCCUCCUCUGAGCCGCCAGCCGGGGGGGCCACGGACACUGGGGGCGGCCUGCAGGGGGCGCUGCUCCGGGGAGGCCUCAGGGGGUGUCCUUCCG